AUCCUGACUGACAUAGCGUUUCCAAUAAUUUUCUAUGGUUAUGCAAUUAAUCAUCAUAAAAAUCUCAAAAAAUCAAAAACAAGAUGAUUGUGUAAAAGAGUGAAACAACUCAACAACAUAGAAUUUUAGCUAACUAUUACCGAGGAAGCAAAACGAGAAUAAUGGAAGCGGAAUUAUGUCUCAGAGUUGCUAUCGCCGUGAUGCUUGGAGCAGCAACAACUCAAGGAGAAAUUUGUGCUAAUAUAGUAUUUGGCUUUGAUACGUCGUGUAGUAUCUCAGACGAUGUUAAAGAAGGCAACAAGUAAUUCAUGAAUGAAUUCGUCCGAUUGUUUGAUUCAAUUGCCGCUCCAAAUUUAAAUGGGAAACGGUCGAGUCAGUUCGGACUGAUUGCAUUCGACAGAGAUAGCCGCAACGUUUUGGAAUUUGGUGAUGCAAAUACUCAACAGGAAGUGAUCGACGACAUAACUUUUCGACUCUGGCGACCAAGACGAUGAAAGUCCAAAUGUUUUGGUUCUUUUGACUGAUGCUCGUACUCAGCCGCAAAAGUUUAUAGAGAACACAACUGCCUCAAUUAAUCGACUCCAUGCCAAACCCAAUACGUAUGUCUUUUUGGUACAAUCACCCAACAAGAACGACAAAACUGAAUUCGAGGACACGAUAAAACAAGUAAAUAUGCUAGCUGAUCAAGAUAAUAUAUUUCAAUAUGUAUGAUCGUUUCAACGUAAUAUCGCGAGAUCUGCAAUGUCAAGCACCAACCGGAAGUACGGUUCCAUGCGAUGAAAACGGCCCACUAGAUGUUCUCAUUAUUCUCGACCAUUCAAACAGCAUUAAACCUGAAAACAUCAUUGAUGUCCGAAAUGCCAUGGGGGAAUUAGUUAACGAAUUUGAUAAUGUCGGUGAUGGAGACUACUCCGUAAAGUUCGCACUUCUGACGUAUAAUGAUAAAGUAAAACCCGAGAUGCUGUUUAACGACACCGCGUCCAGCACAAGAGAGGGAACACUGGCGGCAAUUAACAACCAGUCGAUGAUACGCAGAAAAAACACGCGUACUGAUCUCGCCCUUGAAUUCGCAGAUAAUGUUGUAUUCACUCCGGAGGCAGGCGAUCGAGAUUUUGCAUUCAAUGUACUUAUCCUCGUAACGGACGGACGGACAAUGAAAGCAAAAUACCAAAAGCAUACAAUCAGGAACGCCGCUUCCAUAAAAGCGAGAAAUGGGACAAAGGAAGUUGCCAUUUUUCUACUCGGGCUCCCUGGUGGGCGUGCAAAAAAUCGUGAUAUCCAACAACAAGAAUGGAAUGAAAUUCCAACGGCUCCAAAGAGUACACA